CUAUACGCUGAUCGAGUGCACCGUAUCGUACACUUCGCCAGGUAAACGCGUACCGUACGUCGUCGCUCAACGUUGCAACCGGGGAGUUCCCCGUCUGUCAAAGAACGAGUUACGUUGCUAUGCACAAGCGUCCCAUCGACUAUUCCAGACUAUGCCGGAAAGUGAUGUCAACUCGUUCAAUGAUCGGCGGAUCUAGGGCUAGAUCUACACCAAUUUGACACUCGAGAGUAGGUUUAUCGUAUUCCCAAGAUCAACUGCCAGUUAGGUGGUUACUAUUCGACUCAAACUUCAAAGACAAAGACAAAGACAAAGGCUAAGUUCAAAGAUACAGAAUGGACGACGAAGAUGUACCCCCUUUAGAGGACAUGAGUGAGCUGCUGAAGCAAGCCCAACAACUACAGGGAAUAAAGGAGAGAAAGGGCUUGGCGGCAUCAUCAUCAUCAUCAUCAUCAUCAUCAGCUUCAUCAUCGUCGCCAUCGUCAUCGCCCCACGGUCGUAUAAAACCAGAGGAUAAACCAAAGGUUCGAGUAACCCAGGGAGAUACCAAGCAGGGAGACAAGAGCAAGACUCCUCCUACCAAGACCAACAAACCAGCUUCUCAAAAACCCAACUCGUUUGGGGGCCUCAAGAAAGGAUUCCUAUUUGGCUCUGCACCCAAGUCAUCCUCUAAGGCAUCUUCCCAAACUUCUGAACAGCGCCCUCUUAAAGAGCCAUCAACCAAAGGCCAGAUUGCUGCAUCAAGAGACAGACUUGAGGAUAUUCCGCUCAUCAAACCUCAGGGAGAUGGUGCACAGAAUGGAGCGCAGAGGAUCCAGGAGGUUCAGGAUGCACUCAAGGCCAGUGCUCCUCUCCUCGAAAACAAAGACUGGGUGAAUGACGAUCUCCUGUCAAAGUUAGAGAAGCACCCUCGCUUGGCCAGUCAGUUGUCGGAUCCUCGGUUCAGUCAGGCCAUGUCCAUGUUCCAGUCUAACCCUCAGGGGGCCAUGAAGUACUUCCAGGAUAACCCAGAGAUUCAGUCAUUCUUUCAGGACUUCUGUGGAAUUCUAGGGGACCAUUUCUCCACCCUUAGUCCAUCGUCAGCACUCCCACCUACGUCUACCGCCCCCAAGGUGAGUCCAGUUCAAGAGGUCAAAGUUCAUGACAGUCCCGGUGCAGAUAUGGCCGUGUCCAGCAGUACUAACCCCAAGCAGGCAACGGCCACGGAUGAAGCCAAGAUGAAAGAAAUCAUGGCUGACCCGGAUGUGGUCAAGGCCUUCGGUCAUCCACAGACGCCGCUUCUGUUUGAGGCUCUGCAGACGAAUCCAGAUCUAGCUCAAAGGAUGAUGCGCACUGCGGAUGCAGAGUUCAGACAGCACGUACAAACGCUGGUCAAGAAAGGGCUUCUGGGCUUUGCCAGGUGACAAAACGUAGAGCUGAAUGAUGGAAGUUGGGUCGAAUGUGAAUGUGCCCUCCAACAAGCCCAACUGAGUGAAGCAAUAAGUUUAGGGAGUGGGUGAGUCUUCCGAGUUUACAUCUCUUCGACAUGUUUAUUAAACUGGCAGGUGUAGCUGCUUGAAAUGCAACAUGUUUGAGAAUCUGAGGAAGAUUGGAGGACUCGACACUAAAAUAUGCGCUUUGGGCUCCCAACAUAUACUGUGGACCUCCGCAUUCGUGAAGAUUCAACUGGGACACCAUGCACUCAGAUGCUAAAAACUUUUUUCUGUGAAAAAUGUUAUUAUGAAGCUCUACAUGUAUGUUCUAGAGCUGUCUCAUGAUGAGGUUUGAGAUACUGAAUUCUGUAACUUUGGCUAUUUAUUUUGAAAUCCAGUUAUAAUCUAGUCAUAUGGAGUGCUGUGACCAAAAGAAUCAUUGUAUGUGGAAGUCCUUCCAUACAUUAUAUGCUCGUCCAUUCCACUUACUUCUGACUGUAGUAAAACAAUAAAGGAGUAUGUUAUAUCAAACAAUAGAUAUACUGUGUCACCACUGGGUAAAUAAAUGAUUUAUUCAGUAAAAACAUCUGCAAUAUAAUACAGUACAACACUUUAACAAGAGCAAAUAUAAAUUAGGUCUGUUCCUAACAUACAGAUAUACACAAUGAGUACUUAAAUACAGGUUUACAAACAUGUAUAGAACUAAAUCAAAUUUUCUAUGUACAGACAAUAUUGAAUUCUUUUAACUUGAGUUUGAGCCAAGAUACAUUCACAGAGAGUAGCAUUAAUAUAAUGAUUAAUAUCCCAGAUCUUGACUUUAAUCAAGGAAUGAAAAUUCAAACUAUGUAUACACAUGUAUAUUUGCCAGGCUAGAUUUCAACCAUUAUCUUUUUGGGCCAUUGUAGCCUUGAGUCAACAGUGAGAUUUCUCUAUUUACAUGUACAUGUACAUAGUCUUUAAAAAACAAAAAGAGUUCUCUGUGAGUGGUCAAAGUUUUUGUUAAAACAAAAUCUGUAAUUUGUUGUAAACUGCCCUGAGACAGCACCAAACAAAUUUAUCUUCUAAAUGACUACUGGGAUGAAAUGUGGGACACCCCAGUGGCCUGAAUGUUUUCUAUACUUCCAUAAGCUACUGAUAUGUUUCAGAUUUGUACAUGCAAGAGCAUAGUCCAUGGGGGUGUUUGACAAAGCCUUUUUUUUUAAUGACAAAUGACAAAAAUUAGUGACAAAUCUGCUGAUAACCAACCAGAAGCAAGGAUAACAGUCUAGCUUAUAACAAAAAAAAACUGUCAUUUGUCACUGAUGCCAAGUUUUGUGAAACGCCCCUUGGAUUCUGUCCCGUUUUUACACACUUGUUAUUCGUCAAUCAUCUUUGUACCCCUUUACACACAUCCCACUGUCUCUGUUUCAGCAUUGAGGGUGUGUAAUUUUCUCAGCUGAUUUGGCGCACGUCACAUAAACAGUCAAGGCAGUGAAUAGUACACCCCAUGCCCUAAUGUAUAUUCGUGAACAGUAAUUUUGUAGUGCACAAAUCCUUUGAUUUAUGAUAUACACUGUAUGUGUACAACACUUCAUGCAAGUAGAAAAAAAAUGUUUAUCCAACUUUGUACACUACAACAUGAUGAAUAAAUAAACAAAGAUAGUUAAUAAGUACUUGUAAAUUUAUCUUACACAUAAACAAAAUGGAAUACAGAUUAAUGUAUUUACACAACACCAAAAUAGUACUCACUUUUCCACUGAAUAAUCUCAGUAUCAGAUUCUUACAAAUUCUUUUCACACUAUAAUCUUCAACAUUAGAAUAAAAAGCUUGGUCCUAGAGAAGGUCUAGUUCUUGGUCCUACCAGAAGACUAUUAAUUGGUCCAUUUAGGAUAUGGCUUGUUGCUGCAGUAACACAUCAAUACAUUAGUUUAGUAUAAGUAUUUGAUAAAAACAA